AUGGAACGCGUGGAAGAGUUAACUAAAGAAAGAGACCCGGUUAUUAUAGUAAUCACUUCGUGCAUGAACCCGCCCGAUAAGAUUUUCAGCGAAUCAAGAGAACCGACUCGGAUGGAAUUAACCGAAAUCCGAUUAAACCUGAGGACAAAAGAGUCAAACCGAAAGGUUAUCGUAACCGGGAUUAAUUUAGAAGCAGGUCAGGUAACCCGAAGUUUCUUGGGACGUAAAACACGUGGCCUAGCGAAGGUGGAUUUGGAAGACGGUAUCGUUUCCGAAUUCAAUUACAGAUUGGGUCGGUUUGGUGGUGAACUUACUUCGUACCGGAGGAAGAAGGAGAAGACGAAGGGCAUGUAA